AUGUAUAUUCCAGCGCACAAAUCAUUGCUGGCGAUUAGGAGCCCUGUGUUUUUCGCAAUGUUUUGUGGAGAAAUGGCAGACGCAGAGACAAACGAAAUUUAUUUGCCUGACUGUGAGUAUCAAAGUCUUUUGGAGUUUUUCCGUUUCAUUUACACCGAUCAAGUUUGCCUCACUGGCCGCACCAUUAUGCAAGUGUUGUAUCUUGCAGAGAAAUACAUGAUUCCAAACCUUCUCGUAGACUGCAUAGGAUAUAUUUUAAAAAUACUGGACCACUCAAACGUUCUUUGUGUUUUAAAACACUCCGAACUAUACGGAUUUGAUGAACUUAUUUGUGCCUGUUGGGAGUUGAUCGACAAAGAAACAAAGGAGGUAUUGACCUCAGACGAUUUUUUGACAAUCGAAAGAUCGCUACUUGAAGAAUUCGUUGAAAGAAAUCUAAACGUCGAAAACGCGGUGUUAUUCAAAGCUGUUGAUUGCUGGGCAAAGCAAGAAUGUCUCAGGAAAAAGCUUAAACCUGACGGCAAAGUCAAAAGAAGUAUCAUAGGAGAUCGGAUUGCUGAAAAAUUGCGUUUUCCAGUUGAAAAGGACAUGGAUUUUAUUAAUGUUGUCCUUCAAAGUAACAUCUUAACAGAGAAAGAAACUUCAGAAAUGUUGAAAUAUUACCAGCUCAACAUCACAGAGUGA